AUCAAAAUGAAAUGCGCUCAAAAAGACAAACACAGACACACGUCAGACCACACGUCAGACCACAAGCCCCGAAUUGACUGGGAUCAUGACACUACUGCAGACUUCAUCAAGAAGUAGAAUGGAUCUGAAGGAGUACUUCAACCGGAUUGGGUUUACUGGCCGAUAUGAUAAAGCUGACCUUGACACUUUAUCCACCAUCCACAAGCUUCAUGUUAUGAAUAUUCCCUAUGAGAACCUCAGCAUCCACUGUGGGGAGAAGAACACAAUAGACCUGUCAAUCAUCUAUGAUAAAAUUGUCAAGAGCAGUCGAGGUGGCUGGUGUUGUGAAAACAACCUCUUAUUCUCAUGGGUCCUAAGAGAGAUGGGUUACAAAUAUACAAUACUAGGCUCAAAGGGGUUUAAUAAGUUCAAAAAUGAUUUCUACCCUGUCGAUUCUCAUCUCAUUAAUCUGGUGGAGAUCGAUGGAAAACCAUACAUCGCAGAUGUGAGCUAUGGCGUGUCAUGUCAAAUGUGGUAUCCCUUAGAGAUGAUUUCAGGGAAAGAUCAGCCACAGCCUCCAGGUGUGUUCCGUCUCCUAAAUGACGGGAUGAGGUGGGUUCUGGAGAAGACUGGAAGAAAGCAUGUGUUGAAAACCAUGUAUUGCUUCACAUUAACACCACGUAGAGCCGAUCACUUUCUGGAGACAUCAGAGUGCCUGCAGACGAGUCCAGACUCUCAGUUUGUCCUCAAAUCCAUUUGUUCUCUGCAGACACCUACUGGUUUUAGAGCUCUGAUAGGUCGGACUUUUAGUGAGAUCACAUUCAAUCCAAAGGAGGACUUUGACUUUAUGGACAUGAAGGAAAUUCCAGACUCUGAGAUAGAGGCUUUGCUGAGGGAAAAGUUUAAUGUGGUCUUAGUUAAUAAGUUCUCACCUAAGAACGACAAAGUUCAUCACUGCAUGUAAUACUGCAGUGUCCAUUUCAUUUUUAAUGAAAAGAAAGCAAACACAUGCACCUAUUUAGAACAUUUGAUCUUCUUCACAGUAUUAUAAUCAUAUACCUUGUGUCAAAAGUUUGAUGGUCUGUAAUCCAGUCACUCAAAUGAUGACUUUUAUGGCCUGUCAAACUGGUUGACAUUUAUGUUUUAUGGCUGAUGUUGGGGACUCCUCUGUCCCCCACCCUUCUUUCAGUGGGGCAUCGCUCCCUGAUCAAAAAAGUGAGCUUACAUUAUGGCUGAUUUUCUACUAGGCAACAUGCUGUGAAAGAGGGUUGUGUUUGUAAAUUAGAGAGAGAUAAAGUAAAUGUUUCUUCUAAGAGUGGGUUGUUUAUUUGUUUUAUGACACUUAUCUGGCAAAUGAGUGCUUGAGACUUUGGGUUCCGUAUUCUUAUCAUAGUGUCAUUGCCCCCCACUCUCCCAGGCUAAGUUAUGUUGACCGGUCAAUCAAAUUAGUUUUUUUAUGGCCAACAGUCUUGUUUAGAGUUAAGUUUUAUGACUCGAUAAAUGAUUAAAGUGCAUUUUAUCAUUGUGGCAAGAAAUGGGGGAUAGUGAACUUAAGACAAUGAACCAAAAAAGGUUUGGGUUUCCAUUCUGACUGAUUUUCUGGAGA